UUCUUUUUGGAGCUGUUAGUUGUGAAAAACAUCUUCUGCAUUUUGUCUUUCAUUUUCAGGUUUAUUAAACCCUUAGAACAGAACCUUCCAUCUGUUACACUGGAUGAGGUUUUUCCAUGAUUGUGCAUUUCAAAGGAGAAUAAAUGGAUUCAUAUUUUUGACAUGAUAUUUAAUUCAUCGGUUGCAAUCAAUCAUAGAAGAGCAUUUUAAGCAAUUUGGCAAGAAAAAGCUCCAGGAAAAUAUAACAAACCCCACUUUUAAAGAUAAACCAGGAAGAUUAAACAAGAAGAUGCUGACUCAGUUGCUUAACUGCUUAGAUGUUGCUUUGUUCUGCAGACAUGGCGUAAAGACACAAUUUCUCUUUCACUGCAUUUCCCCCCGAACUUCUUCGUGUUGCUGUAACUCAUUCAAGCUUGUGAUACUAUAAACAAUUAAUCAAUUAAUCCACUAUAAUUUUACAUGAAGGUAAACUUUGUUUUAGAGUAAACUCAGAGUUAAAUAAAACACAUAGGCACUUAUGUUAGCCUCAAUGAUCAGCUUUGAAAAACAGUUAAAAGCUUAAAGGUUAAAAGCUGGUCGGCCAUUUAAAAUUCCAAAACCAAUCAUGUUAUAAAGUAAAAAUAAUCUUUUCUAUUAACCAAAAGGUCUCAUCUUCAUCGAUGCACGGGUGUGCGUGUGGUCGUCAUGGGAUGCAGGGAGUGACCAAAAAGAGGAACAUUUAAAGAUCUAUUUAGCAACUUGGCUCUGUCUUGACUCUGUCUGAAGCUCAGCACACGUUCUGGCGGCUGAUUUUCACGGCAAGCUGCAAUGGAGAAUAACUAUGAUCCGACUGAUGAUGGAGUGGAUGGCACUGAUGGAGCGGCGCUUAUUUGUUCACUUGUUGAUUUGUCAGCCAUCACUGGCUACAUCUUCAUCUUCAUCACCAUCAUCAGCACUAUAGAAAACAUUCUCCUCAUUGUUGUUCUCAUCUCCUACAAAAGACAAAAAUUCAUCCCUAAGAUGUUCUUCCUGAACCUGGCCUGCUCUGACUUGAUCUUCACAGCAACACUCCCGUUCUGGGCUACAUACCACCUCCACCACUGGGUCUUCGGGGACUUUUUAUGCAAAUUUGUGGCUGCGUUCUACUUUAUUGGGCUGUACAGCAGCAUCAUGAUAGUGACGGCCAUGACGGUGGAUCGUUUCUUCACCGUGGUGCUGAACAAAUUUCUGAACGACGAUCUGAGGAAGAGAAGGUGUGCUGUCGGUGCCUGUGUAGCUGCCUGGGUCAUUGGCAUCGCUGCAUCUGUGUACGAUGCCAACAAAAUAGGGGUGGAGGACGAUGUCUACUGUGAAGAAUCCUCAUCUGAUGGUUAUGGAUAUUCUAUCCAAUUGUCGCUGCUCUUCUUACUUCCAUUAAUUAUCAUCAUUGUCUGCCACAGUGCCAUCAUCAAAACGGUGUUGCAGGCGACAAUCAGACAAAGACACAGAGUUGUAAGUGUAGUUUUUUGUAUUGUUGCAGCCAACUUCAUCUGCUGGGGACCCUACAAUGUUGUCCUCUUCAUCUAUUCCUUGUCCAAACCCAGCAGCUGUGAGGCAGAGGAGCGGCUAGCCAUCGCCUACAGUAUCUGUCGAUUUCUUGGCGUUUCUCACUGCUGUUUGAACCCUUUACUUUGUCUGCUGUCAGAGAAUCUGAGGAAACACGUGUUGACUCUUCUGUGUGGUAAAAAGAUUGGUUUGAACAGGAGAGAGAGAAGCCCUGAGCAGAAUAAUCUAUCUGGUGUCCAGACCGUACGAAUGAGCACAUCACCAAACCCCCUAGUAAUGGUGGAAACUAGGGCUGAAACGAUUCCUCAAGUACCUCAAAUAAUUAGAGUACAAAAAAUCCUUGAGUCAAAUUCUCUGCCUCGAAGCUUCGUUUAAUUUAUGUUUAAUUAAUUCAUGGCUUUGCAAUCGCCCGUGGUCAUGUUUCACCCGGACCAAAAUAAGUGACGCACAUGCAUACUGCACUGAAUGCACACGCGAGUAGCGAACGCUAUGGCAGACAACGUGGACCCCGGUGGAGUGCGAAAAAGACACAAAAUGCCAAAGGUGAGGGACCAUUUUUCACGUCGUAAGGCGGAAAACGUACUCCAGGGUAAAUUCUGUAAAAUGGAUUUAGCCUACCACAACACCAUAUUCCUGAUGCUGCAACCUGACCAGGAAACAUCCACAUGUAAACGUCACUUCUGCAAGCGGACUCGAAGCCUCUACAAGAUAAUGCAUUUUAGCCUGUAUUUCUAUAUAUUCUGCAGACACUGUGCGACUUUUUCAUUUGUAGCACUCAGUUUCAGCUCACACCGUACGUCUGGUAGCAACACGUCGGACUUAAAAUGUGCUAAAAAUAGCAGUUUUUACACAACACGUCAGACUUUUUACAGUGUUGUUAUUGAUGUCCGUUGUCCCUCAGGAUUGCUGCAGGAGGACACAGGUAUUUAUGAGUGGCGGAGGAAAAUGAAAGAAAGUACAUAAAUGUUUUGUGAUCAGUGUAAUUUGACAUAACCACGGCAAACAUGCUUUCGACAAUCCUUGUUAGUGUGAGACAAAAAAAGUGUAGAAAUUAAAACGAACGUGUGUUAAUAGGGAAACAGCUGGCGAGCCAUGUUUGUGCAUGCGCCGUGAGCGGUUCUGGCGCUGUUUGGGCCGCAGCCGCUCGCAUCUGUUUACUGUGAAGUAAAGUUGAAGUGUUAAAGUUUUGAAAACUAAUUUUGAAUAAAACUUGAAGAAUAACUGGCAAUUGCUUUCUCAUUUCAAGAGGUCUUUCAUAUUUUAUAACAUGCUAUUUGAUAUAAUGGUUUACAAAACACAAAAGAGUAAUUUAUUAGAGUACUCAAUUAAUCGAUAAAAGAUUCGAUAGAGUACUCGAUUACAAAAAUAUUCGAUAGCUGCAGCCCUAGUGGAAAUGAACAACCAGUAGACCCUCGCUCUUCAGAUGUAGCAUCAGUAUGUAAAUAGUAAUUAAGACAGGAUUCAUGUAUAUUUAUGUUUUCUCGUAAAUACAUUUUUUAGCUUCAUUCAUUUAGUCAAAAUUUUAAAAGUGUGGAAAAAACAUUUUUAAUUAUUUCUGAUUAUAAUCGGUCACUCUGAGUUUUUCAUGCAGGCUGAACAUGAAAACAGUCUCCUACACCUAUCUCCUGCAUUAGCUUCUGGUAGAAAAUAGACGGUGAAACAGUAAGAUUUAAAAAUCCACACAGAUCUACGUCACACUGUCACUUAACAUUUAUGGACUCACCCAUCUUGAGUCGUGACGGGAAGGAUGUUGUCGUUUUACCAUCCAGGAAACAGCGGAGAACGUCCUGACUAGUAGAAGCUAACCGUUGGCGUUAGCAACUCCACCAGAAAGAAACUCCUCCAGGCUUGUGUUGUUUAUGGAGAUAAAACAUUCACAUUGCAAGUCAAGUAGAGUAGUGUUGCUGUUAUCAAAUAUGGGGCAAAAUGUCCAAAUAUCAGGCAAUAAGGCUCCAAAUUCUGCCAUGUUGUGUUCAGCAGUAGACCUGUUUGUUCUGAUCCAAGUGCUUCUGGGCCUUUUUUGCCCCGGGUACAGCUUGCAAGGCAUUCAUUCCUACCAGACUACGGCAAAUGUAUUGAGUUUCCCAUACCUUUAACAUUUUACUGAAUUACUGAGAAAACUGUUUUCAUUUCUCCAAAUUAAUCGCUUUUUUCUUUAGUUAGAUGUUAAAAGUUUCUGUCAUCAUGAUUUUUUUUCCUGCUCUGAAACAAACUGAAACCAAAACUGUGAAACAAAUGCUGAGAUACAUAAACGGACACAACCGCCAGCUUUAACCAUUCUGUCCAAAAUUUUAAUUCUGGAAGCCAUAACUUUACAAAAAAACACUAAAAUAAAAAAACAUUUGCAGCAAAAGUUUGACUUUCUUUUCUCAGCUUGAAGAUGUUAAUAUUUUUGUUGCUGACAUCAAACUAACAUGUGAUUAGAAGUUUUCACAAACCAGUGGUUUGCUAAAAAGGAUUCAGCUGUCAGAGAUGAUGUCAUGAGUUUUUUUUUUCAUAUUUCACAGUUUAAAAUGUCUCAGGCAAUAAACAAACUCA